AUCGAAUUUACAGAACUGAGGCAGCAGAUGCACUUCUAGGCACUUAACUACUUAGGAUCUUCACAGUUUCUAACUUAAACUUUCAAACAUUUAUACAGAUUAAGAAGAAUUACGCAUCAUUUGGUAUUUCUGACCCAUUCCUUCAGACAUCCAGGAACAAAGAUUGUUGCUGACUGAGACAGUGGACGCUUGGGCACAAAGCAGAAAUCGAGACUCAUCAGACCAGGCAACAUUUUUCCAGCCUUCAACAGUCCAAUUUUGUUAUCAGUUAUGUGGUACAAGCCGAUACAAAGAAAGAAUAUCUCUGCAAUCUGCUUCACAGUGAUUUGUAUCUUUUCCUCAACUAUCUGCAGUGAUGAGGAUGAUAUUGUUCUAACAAAAUCUGGAAAAGUAAGAGGAAUACAAAUAUCAGUGUUUUCUAAGACAAUUACAGCUUUCCUCGGGAUACCAUAUGCAGAACCACCACUUGGAGCUUUGAGAUUUAAAAAACCUGAGCCGAUCCAACCAUGGUCUGAAGUGUGGAAUGCUACAGAAUAUGGAAAUUCCUGCUACCAAUAUGUUGAUCAAACAUUCCCUGGGUUUUCUGGGGCUGAAAUGUGGAAUCCAAAUACACAAUUAAGUGAAGACUGUCUUUACCUUAAUAUAUGGAUACCAAGUCCAAAGCCAAGAAAUGCCAGUGUCAUGAUUUGGAUAUAUGGUGGUGGUUUUGAGACAGGAACAUCCUCAUUAGAUAUUUAUGAUGGCAAGUUUUUAGCUCGGAAUGAACGUGUUAUUGUAGUAUCACUGAACUAUAGAGUGGGGAUUUUAGGCUUUUUGGCUUUUCCUGGUAACCCAGAAGCACCAGGAAAUGCUGGCCUGUUUGAUCAGAGGUUAGCACUUCAGUGGAUUCAUGAAAAUAUUGCAGCAUUUGGUGGUAAUCCAAAAAGUAUAACUCUUUUUGGAGAAAGUGCAGGGGGAGGAUCUGUCAGUUAUCAUUUGCUUUCUCCUAAAAGUCAUCCGUAUUUUACCAGAGCCAUUAUGCAAAGUGGAACUGCAAAUUCCCCUUGGGGUGCUAUUAGUGGCACAGAAGCCCGUAAUCGAGCUCUGAUUAUAGCAAACAUGUUGAGCUGUUCCUUCAGAAAUGAGACAGAAAUAAUUGCUUGUAUGCGGAGUAAGACUCCUCAAGAAAUUAUUGAAAGAUCACUUUCUAUUGUAACAGAUAAAUCAUUAAUAGAACUUAAUCUUCCUCCAGCAGUUGAUGGAGAUUUUCUCAUUGAUUUACCUGAAAAUCUUCUGCAACUUGGACAACUUAAAAGAGAUGCACAGAUAUUAACGGGUGUUAAUAAGGAUGAAGGGACAUAUUUCUUAGUUUACCAAAUACCAGGGUUUAGUAAAGACCAUGAAAGUUUUAUAAAUCAAAUUCAGUUUCAAGAAAGUGUAAAACGAGCAUUUCCCAAAGCCACUGAACUUGCAGUCGACUCUGUCAUUUUUCACUACACAAACUGGGAAGAUGAAAAUAAUCCAGUUCUUAAUCGUGAUGCCAUGGCAGAUAUAAUUGGGGAUUACAAUUUUGUUUGUCCGCUGCUAGAAUUCACAAAGAGAAAUGUGGAACUUGGAAACAAAGCCUAUAUAUACUUCUUCAACCACAGAUCGUCAAAACUAGCAUGGCCGGCAUGGAUGGGAGUUGUGCAUGGUUAUGAAAUUGAAUUUGUUUUUGGAAUUCCAACGCAUAGGAGACUCAAUUACACAAAAGAGGAGGAACAAUUGAGUAGAACAGUGAUGAAGUUUUGGGCCAAUUUUGCAAAAACUGGCAAUCCAAAUGGAGCACAGUCUCAGGAAAACAGAUGGCCAGCUUUCACACUUGAUGAGCAACAUUACCUUAUUUUAGACACAGAAGACUUAAAGACAGAUCAGAAAAUGCGUGCCAAACAGUGCAGAUUCUGGAACAAAUUCUAUCCCAAUAUCCUGCAGCUAACAGGAAAUAUUGAUGAAGUAGAACAACAGUGGAAGGAUGAAUUCCAUCGCUGGAACAAUUACAUGAUGGACUGGAAAAAUCAAUUUAAUGAUUACAGCAGUAAGAAGGAAAGCUGCACUGGUCUCUAAUUAAUGGCUUUACCCUUUAGAGAACCACCAUACUUUGAUUAGUAUGCACAUACAUAUUGGUAGCCAUUUAAAGUUUGGUAUUAUGCAAAUUAAACAGCAAAACAUUUUAGGAGGUAUACAAAUAUACUUUAUUAUUGUUUGUGCAUUAUAAAGUCUUGUACUUAAUCAAAUCCUAUUUGUAUGUUAAACAUUAAACACUCCAAAAUAGGGGUGAUGAGAUCCUAAAUUUACAGUACAUAUACAGACCAUAUUUAUGUUAAAAGAAAACAUCAAAACAAAACAAAAAAAUUCUUAAGCCAGGCUAUGAAGUCUAUGAAGAAAUUGUUCUAUUUGUGUAGGAAUAUAAAAGAGCCACAUGAUAUCCAUAGGAUAGGGGAUAACUAUUAUGUCAGUAGGGGUCCAACCACCGGGACUCACACUGACCAUGUGAUUGGGGAUCUUGUACACUGCAGAAUGUCCAAAAUGAAUGGAGAGACAGGUCCAUGUAUCACUAUGGGACUGUCAUGCCACUCAUCUUUAUGGGUCAGGCACUGAUACCUAACUAUCUAUCUAUCUAUCUAUCUAUAGCAGUUCCUUGAAAUAAGUAGCUGUUUGCAUGCUUAACCUGGCCCCACCAAUCUAAUAGUUAUAAUAGGAUAGGGACUAACUUGUUAUAACUGGAAUAUCCCUUUAAAUCUUUUAACAUUCAAUCAUCAAUUAAACUAAUUUGGUGUUAAGCUUUAUUAAUCUGCCUAGGGCCAAAAAUAUUUUGACUGAAGUGUCAGAACAGCACAGUGAUACAGGAUAGAUACUGAAGCAGCUAUACAGAGUCAUAUUGCAUGUGUAGCCUAUUCAGCUGCAAGAGAUCAAGAACAGUAAGGGUGGAGCCCAAUGCAAUCAUAAUAGGCUUUCCCCGGCCCCCUUUCACAGCUCACCCUCUCUGCAGGUCUCUAAUAAAUAAAAAAAUACACUCCAUCAUUUCCAUUUCCCAAUCACAAUGCUUGGCUGAGUAGUUCUGUGACUGCCAGACUACUAAGGAAGUGUCAUCAUUAGGUCUCUGUUCUACCCUAAACCACUAAUAAUGUUUUAUUUGAACGCAUUUUUUGAUUAAACAGAUGAAGACAUUGACAUGAACCCCUUCACUAUUCGAGACCACCAGUGAUUGAUGUGAACUCCUAAACUUAUGGUACUAUGUGGUGUUAGACAGAGUCAUGGUAGAGAGCAUAGCUUUGUCUAGUAUGCCAGGAAGUGGGGACUUACACAUUCUUCUUACCCAAGCAGUCUUGAUUAUCUUUGUUUAUCUCUAUGUUAACAUAGUCCAACUUUGAGCUAAGUGUUUUACUCAGGAAUUUUAAGAAAACUGUAAAUUCUAUUUAUACAGUUUCAGUAUUUCAUUUUUAUAUUGCAAAUCAAAAUUGAUUCUCUAAUGUUUUCCUCUAUGUGUACCUACCAUAUGUUGAAAGUAUAUCAAUACUGUAUAUCCUGCACAUCCUGAACAUGUGUAUAGGAAUGUUCAUAGAAAAUAUUGAUGGAAUGUAACUUGUUAGCAGAAAUACAAUAGCUAGUUUACAUAUUUUUCUAUAAAGGAUUAUAUUACUUCUCCUAUACAUGUGACACAAAUGAAAUUAUUCCCUGGUGGAAUAAUAGGUAUUAUGACUCAAAGAAGGCAGUAUCUUAUCCUAUCUACUAUAUUCUCUAUCAAUAACUUACCCUAAAAAUACUGUUAAUUCCCUUCAGUUGCUUAGUCCAAAUGACAUGACUGAUGUAGCCAAAAAAUCCUACCCAUACGAUAAAUAGCCAACUCCAGAUGAUUUAUCCACAGCAACUAUGUGGACACAUGUAGAAAUUAAUCCAUACUUCACAUACUAAAACAUAUUUGACUGGGGCCCGCCAUCAACACGGAUCCAUCAUUUGCUAGGUUACAAUGUAGUUAAAAGUAAGUUGACUUUUGUUAGAGGGACUAUUUGAUGCUAUACAGACUACUACACAGAAAUGUGUAUGAUGUAUUACUAAUGUUACUAAGAAGAGUCACAGAUCUACACAACUAAAGAAUAUUGUAUUGUUGUAAAACACUGAUCUAUACAGAAUACAGUCAUUUAAGUUGAAAAAAUAAAGAGUUUGCAAGGCAUACUGCCUAAUAUUGA